AUGGCGAACAACAGAUUGCAAUACCGCCGGCGGAACCCGUACAACACGCGGUCCAACAAGGUCCGCAUCAUCAAGACUCCUGGCGGUAACCUGCGAUACCUCCACAUCAAGAAGAAGGGCACCGCUCCCAAGUGCGGUGACUGCGGCGUCAAGCUUCCAGGCAUUCCUGCUCUCCGGCCGCGUGAAUACGCCCAGGUCUCUCGUCCCAAGAAGACCGUCAACCGCGCCUACGGUGGCUCCCGCUGCGGCAACUGCGUCAAGGACCGCAUUAUCCGCGCCUUCCUGAUUGAGGAGCAGAAGAUCGUCAAGAAGGUUCUCAAGGAGACGCAGGAGAAGGAGAAGCUUGCCGCACGCAAGCGCUAA